GAACGCCGCCGCCUUGCGCACCCCCGUUUCCAGCACAAGGAGGCCCGCCGAGGAAAAUUCUCCAUGAAUGUACGUCACAAUGAUGAUGACCGACCAAAUCCCACUGGAGUUGCCAUCAUUGCUGAAUGGGGAGGUAGCCAUGAUGCCUCACUUAGUUGGUGGAGAUGGAACCCAGCAGGUCAUUUUCGUUCAAGUUAAUCCAGGUGAAACCUUUACCAUAAGGGGCGAAGAUGGAACUCUUCAGUGCAUUCAAGGACCAGCGGAGGUUCCCAUGAUGUCACCCAACGGAUCCAUUCCUCCCAUACAUGUGCCUCCAGGUUAUAUAUCACAGGUAAUAGAAGACAACACAGGCGUUCGCAGGGUGGUGGUGACCCCCCAGUCUCCGGAGUGUUAUCCUCCCAGUUAUCCUUCUGCCAUUUCUCCAACCCACCACUUACCACCGUACCUUGCACAUCAUCCACAUUUCAUCCAUAACUCUCAUACGGCUUUCUACCCACCGGUCACUGGGCCUGGAGACCUGCCUCCCCAGUUUUUCCCUCAGCAUCAUCUUCCCCCUACAAUUUAUGGAGAGCAAGAAAUUAUACCACUAUAUGGAAUGUCCAGUUACAUAACCAGAGAAGACCAGUACAGCAAACCCCAUCCCAAGAAGAUGAAAGACCGACAGAUUGACCGCCAGAACCGUUUGAAUAGCCCCCCUUCCUCCAUCUAUAAGAGCCAUCUGGGAAACUGUGCGACUGUGUACAACGGCACGGUCAAGGCGCACAAUGGCGCUGCAAACGGGGGAGGCUGCGGCGGAGGAGUUGGUGGUGGUGGAGCCCCAGUUGUGAAGAAAGCGGAACGCAGAGCAAGAAGCAGCCCCAAAUCGAGCGAGCCGGAGUUGCACGAAUGCGACACGGAAACAAAAAGGGUUCAAGACAUUCUUUCCGGGAUUGAGAAACCGCAGGUAUCGAAUAUUCAAGCAAGAACGGUUUUGCUCACGUGGUCUCCUCCGCCUGGCCUUUUAAACGGGGACAGACACAGCAAUGGUUUGCCUUACACCUGUACUUACGAAGUGGCCUUAUCAGACAAAGGGAGAGAUGGAAAGUACAAAAUAAUUUACAGUGGAGAAGAAUUGGAAUAUAAACUGAAAGACCUUAGGCCAGCAACAGAAUACCACGUCAGGGUAUACGCCAUGUACAAUUCCGUGAAGGGAUCCUGCUCAGAACCUGUGGGCUUCGCCACGCACAGCUGUGUCCCGGAAUGCCCCUUCCCGCCCAAACCUUCACACAGGACCAAAAAUUCCCUAACUUUGCAAUGGAAGGCCCCUAUUGACAAUGGUUCGAAAAUCACCAGCUACCUUUUAGAAUGGGAUGAGGGAAAACGAAACAACGGUUUCAGAGAAUGUUACUUUGGGAGCCAAAAACACUACAAGGUGACGAAACUCUGUCCAGCUAUGGGUUAUACAUUCCGAUUAGCAGCUCAGAACGACGUCGGCACUAGCGGCUUUAGCCAAGAAGUUGUGUGCUACACAUCAGGGAACAUUCCUCAGACCCCUUCUGCGCCGAGGCUCGUUCGGGCUGGAGUCACAUGGAUCACCUUGCAGUGGAAUAAGGCAGAAGGCUGCACCCCAGAAGAAGUGAUCACCUACGUCCUGGAGAUUCAGGAGGAGGAUAAUGAUAGCGUGUUUCACCCAAAGUACACUGGAGAAGACCGUACCUGUACUGUGAAAAAUCUCAAAAGAAGCACACAAUAUAAAUUCAGGCUCAUUGUCUCCAAUGUAGAAGGGAAGAGUAAUCCCAGUGACAUCUUGGUCUGCACCACAAGCCCUGACAGGCCCGGGCCCCCCACCAGACCUGUGGUUAAAGGGCCGGUAACAUCUCAUGGCUUCAGUGUCAAAUGGGAUCCUCCUGAGGAUAAUGGUGGUUCAGAAAUUCUAAAUUACUUGUUAGAAAUUUCAGAAGGAAGCUCUGAAGCAAAUCAAUGGGAAGUAGCCUACAGAGGAUCUGCAACCGAAUGUAUAUGUACCUACUUGAAACCAGGCACUUUGUAUAAGCUCCGGGCAUGCUGUAUUAGCACUGGUGGACACAGUCAGUGUUCCGAAAGUUUACUUGUCCGUACCCUCAGCGUUGCACCAGGCCAGUGUCAACCCCCGCGAGUGUUGGGGAAACCAAAGCAUAAAGAAGUGCAGCUUCAGUGGGAUGCUCCCCCUGUGUCAGAUACAAAUUGUCACAUCUCUGCGUACAGCGUAGAGAUGACCGGACCUGAAGAAGCUGUUUCUGAGGUGUAUCAUGGCCCGGACCUCGAAUGUACCAUCACCAAUCUCCUGCCUGGGACAACGUAUCACUUCAGAGUGAGGGCUUUGAACGAUGGAGGGUAUGGGCUGUUUUCCAAAGCCACAGAAGUUACAACAACCGCUGGGCCUCCUGGGCAGUGUCAAGCGCCAUGCCUCAGCUUCCUUUCAAACACAAGUGUACUUGUUAGCUGGGAGAGUCCGGAGAGCUUUGGUGCAGACAUCUCGGAGUACAGACUGGAGUGGGGAGAAGAAGAGGAGUCUUUAGAACUGGUGUACAAUGGCACAAGCAACUCCUUUGAAAUCGGCCAGUUGUCGGCCUCCACACACUAUUUCUGUAGACUACAGGCAAUCAACCAGGCAGGAGCGGGACCUUAUAGUGACCUAGUCACCUGCAGAGUGCCAGCAUCGGUACCUGAUGCCAUCACCGUCCUCUCUGUCUCAGAUGACGAGCACCUGGAUGCCUACCCGCUAUCACCCUCUGUGUGCCUUGCAUUGAACUGGGAAGAACCGUGCAAUAAUGGGUCCGAGAUCAUUUCCUACAAUAUCGACCUUGGCGAUAUUACCAUCCCAGUGGGUAAUGUCACGAGUUACGUUAUAGAUGACCUGCUUCCAGAAACAACGUACCGGAUCCGUAUCCAGGCAGUCAACGACAUCGGAGCCGGGCCUUUUAGCGACUUCAUUAAGGCAAAGACCAGGCCACUGCCCCCCAUACCUCCUCGGCUAGAGUGCACAGCAGCCGGUCCUCAGAGCCUGAGGCUGAAAUGGGGGGAGAGCACUUCCAAACUGCACGCCACCGACGACAUGGUAUACAUCUUGCAGAUAGAGGACAAGAAUAAGAGAUUUAUUCCCAUCUAUAGGGGACCAAGUCACACUUACAAAGUACAACGGCUGAUGGAAUUUACCUGCUACGCUUUUAGAAUACAAGCUGUAAAUGAUGCUGGGGAAGGACCUUUCUCAGAAGUGUUUACCUUCAGCACAACCAAAUCUAUUCCUCCUGUCAUCAAAGCACCUCGAGUGAGACAGACGGAAGGGAAUGCCUGUGAAAUUGCAUGGGAAACAGUACCCCCCAUGAAGGGAGAUCCUGUCAGUUAUGUUCUGCAAGUUCUGGUUGCAAGAGAAUCAGAGUACAAACAGGUGUACAAAGGAGAGGAGACAACGUUCCAAAUCUCAGGCCUUCAAACAAACACAGACUACCGAUUCCGCGUGUGUGUUUGCCGACGCUGUUUGGAUACCUCACAAGAACUUAGUGGACCUUUCAGCCCAUCAGUUGCCUUUAUGCUCCAGCGAAGUGAGCUCAUGCUUACAGGGGAAACGGGAAGGAUAGACGAUCCUAAGACAAAAAGUUUGAUGCCUUCUGACGAACAGUUUGCGGCCCUCCUAGUUCUGGGCUUCGCAAGCAUCUCCAUCUUAUUUGCCUUCAUACUACAAUAUUUGUUGAUGAAGUAGAGAGUCCGACACACAAGCUUUUGAGGCGGCAUUUUUAAGUAAUGCUACACAUUAUAAUCCACAUGUUUUAUUCAGAUAUUCCUUUUUUAUUUUA